AAGAUGCAGCGUGAGAACACAGUGUCAAGCACCAUCUCCAGCGGUGACGAGUUUACGGAGUUUGACACGCUCGUCGGAGAGGUGUUCAAAUCCAAGAUGGAUUCCGAGUCGGGAGAUGGCGACGGUGACGUCAUCGGACUCAACAUGGUGCGCAAGGAGAGGGAGCUGAACAUGAAGGAGAAAAGGUUUCUCCUCGCCGUCGAGCACGGAGACAUGCCGAGGGUGAAGCAGUUCCUCGAGGACGCUGUGCGGUCGCUAGGGGAGAUGAACACGAACUGCGUCGACCCGCUCGGCCGCUCGGCACUUCUCAUAGCCAUCGAGAACGAGAACAUGGAAAUGCUAGAGUUGCUUCUUAACAGCGGUGUGGAGCUCGGAGACGCUCUCUUACACGCCAUCAGUGAAGAAAACGUGGAAGCUGUUGAGAUGCUACUAAACUACGAAGAGGAGAAGAAGAAAGAGCGGGGAUCUCAGGAGGCGCUGGUGCCGCCACCUUACGAUGGUCGGGAGAGUGCGUUUACGCCCGACAUCACUCCGAUCAUUCUCGCCGCGCACCGAGACAAUUACGAGAUCAUCAAGAUCCUGCUCGACCGCGGCUGGAGUAUAGACCUUCCCCACGACGUGCGCUGCGGCUGUGAUAACUGCGUGUGGAACAACACCAAGGACAGUCUACGACAUUCGCGCUCGCGCCUGAAUAUCUACCGUGCCUUAUCGAGCCCGUGUCUGAUCGCUCUCUCGCAAGAGGAUCCGAUACUCGCCGCCUUCGACCUCAGCUGGGAGCUCAAGUAUCUGAGUCGUAUCGAGAACGAGUUUAAGCUGGAGUACGAAGAGCUGUCAGAGAAGUGCCAGACUUUUGCGACAGCGCUGUUAGACCAGACGCGGACGUCGCAGGAGCUGGCUAUCGUGCUGAACCACGACUCGGGCAGCCAGAUGAGCGAGAACGAGGACAGGGUGACCCUGAGCAGGCUAAAGCUCGCCAUCAAGUACAAGCAGAAGAAGUUCCGUAUCGCACCCUAUGAAGGACUACGCAAGGCUUCCCGGAGAGAACAUCGUCUCAAGUUUGCGAUGAUACUCUGCAUCGGUAUCUGCUUCCCGUUCUUCUCGCUAUUCUACCUCCUGGCGCCGAAGAACGGACCCGGGCGCAUGCUGCGGAAACCCUUCAUUAAGUUCAUCUGCCACAGCUCAUCCUACUUCUGCUUUCUCUUUUUCCUAAUAUUGGCGUCACAACGAAUAGAGACCCUGAUGCCAAGUUUAGGUAGAUCUAGUGAGUGUGAUAACGUCGAACAGGAAAAGAAGCUUGGACUCGCCCAGGCGACGGCGCCGCGCAAAUACUGGGACGCCUACGAUCCUACGCUCAUCUCCGAGGGUCUAUUCGCCGCUGCCAACAUCUUCAGCUCCCUGAAACUCGUCUACAUCUUCACGGUGAAUCCGUACCUCGGACCGCUGCAGAUCUCGCUCGGCCGCAUGGUGUACGACAUCAUGAAGUUCGCCUGCAUUCUCAUGCCUAGUUUGUGUUUGGCGUUCGCCGGUGCGGACGACGCGCAGCUCUACUGGUACGGUACGCGACGAAUCUCGUGCCGACGAGUGCAGGCAACGCGUGCAGGGCGGUCGGCAGAGAAAUACAAGAGCUUCCUAAACUUGUUUGAAAGCUUGCAAACCCUCUAUUGGGGUCUGUACGGGCUCGUCGACCUAGUGACCUUUGACCUCGAAGAGAACCACGAGUAUACGGAAUUCGUGGGCCUUCUGAUGUUCGGUGUAUAUUCGGCCAUCUCCAUGGUUGUGCUACUGAACAUGCUCAUUGCAAUGAUGAGCAAUUCCUACCAGUACAUAGCGAACUACGCCGAUAUCGAGUGGAAGUUUGCGCGCUCCAAGCUGUGGAUGUCCUACUUCGAGGAAGGCGGGACGAUGCCUCCGCCCUUCAAUAUCAUCCCGAGUCCAAAGUCAGCGUACUACCUGGGACGCUGGAUCUACCAGAAGAUCUGCAGCUUCUCGAUACGACAGAAACGCACAAAGUGGAAAAGCUUACGGGUAAGAGAGAAAUAGAAAGAGAAGAGUGAUACUGGAGCAACCGGUCGCAUGGAGACGUACGACACCCAUGCGACGCUGGAGAGUGAUACUGGAGCAACCGGUCGCAUGGAGACGUACGACACCCAUGCGACGCUGGGUUGCAGAAAUGAGCAACCAAAGAUCUCAGGUCUGCACUAG